AUGGUUCUGAACGCCAGCAUUUUGCCGCGCUCCUUAGCCCCCAUUUUUUACGCUCACUGAAAAGGAUCUGUUGACAAGAACUAUGCAAUUGCUAGUUUAAUUCUUAUUAGAAAAUCUAUGCGAAUGGGGCAUUAAGUGCCCCCACGACAAAACAUUUGUUUGCAUGUCUUUUUUUAAUUUAUGAAAAUUUAUGCGAGCCCCACACGAAAAAAAAAAGAUCCCCUUAUCCCAUCUGAGCCAUCUCUUUACUUCUGCCGUUGAAUAACCAUCUUGUCUUCUUCUCUGCCGCAUUUUCUUGGUUUCAGACUAAGCGGACAAAGAAGGCUGGGAUUGUCGGCAAGUAUGGUAAGUCCCGAAGGACCUCUUCGCUUGGUUUCAUUUCCUUCUGUUUUCUCCAUCUCCAGCAUUUACAAGAGACUCUGGUGGGCCAUCUUGACCUUCAAAUGUCUGAACGCCUCUCCAGGUACCCGUUAUGGUGCCAGUCUGCGGAAGCAGAUCAAGAAGAUGGAGGUCAGCCAGCAUGCCAAGUAUUUUUGCGAAUUCUGUGGCAAGGCAUGCUUCUUCCACCCUUGAUUCUGUCUUCCAUUGUUCUUUCGUUGAAACCCCUUCCUUCCGUUCUCCUCCAUGCCUUGACGCCAUGAACCCAUUUCAACAGUACUCCGUCAGAAGGAAGGCUACCGGCAUCUGGCUAUGCAGGGAUUGUGGCAAGGUCAAGGCUGGUGGGGCCUACACCCUCAAGUAAGUGGUCAUCGAUUUCUCUUUCAAAGGAUCUUCUCGGAUUACCAAUAAAGGGCUUAAUCCUGGCUUCCCUUUCCUUUCUUUUUUUUUUUUUUUUUUUUCCAGUACUGCAAGUGCAGUGACCGUCAGGAGUACGAUCCGGAGACUGCGAGAGCAGGUGGAGGGCUGA